GACAGGUGGCGAACCUGAGCAUCAGCAUUAGCGCGGAGUCUCCGAACGGAAACAUCCAUGACUUCAACGGCAACAUGACCGUGCAGGGGAAAGCAGUUUCACUUGGCCCGCAGCAGCUGCUGAUGCGCGGGACAGUGCUGAGGAACACGAACUUCUGCCUGGGUGUGGUUAUCUACACCGGCCCGGACACGAGGAUGGUCCGCAAUUCGCGGCCGCCUCCGAUGAAGCAGUCGAACCUCGAGGUAACGACGAACCAGUCCAUGAAGUGCAUUCUGCUCAUUCAGGCGGUCAUUGCGGCGACCAGCUCUAUCUGCCAUGUGCUAUACAAGCCGAAGCACCACUGGUAUCUGGAAGAGGAGCACACCACCCUGCCUGAAGUAGUGGCUUGGUGGCUAACCUUCUUCACGUUGUACUCCAACUUGAUGCCCAUCUCCCUGUAUCCGACGGUGGAGUUCUGCAAUGUCUUUCAGUGCCGAGCGAUCCAGCAGGAUAAGAGGAUGUGCUACAAAGCACCGGGCUUCAAUGAGGGCAAGCCCUUCGCAGCUGUUACUCGGAGUUCGAAUCUGUGCCAAGAGCUGGGACAGGUCGGAUACAUCUUCUCGGACAAGACAGGAACCUUGACGCAAAACGACAUGGCUUUGAGGCGUGUCUCCAUCGGCGGGCAGAAGUUUGGGACAUUCCAGAGCAGCCCGCAGGCCGAAAAGUCGGAUGACGCGACAUGGGACGGCUUCGACGGCGGCCGCGAGCUCCAGGCAGCGAGAGGAAUGGCUAUGAAGGCGCGAGAGAUCGACGCUUUCUUGGAAGUGCUCGCAGUCUCGCACACGGUGAUGGUCACUAGCGGUGAGGACGGUAAGCUGAACUACGAAGCCGAAAGUCCCGACGAGUUCGCACUAGUGAAGGCUGCUGCCAGCCAGGGCUGGGAGUUCAAAGGAAGAAGAGGUGCAGAACUCACAGUCAGUUACUACAACAGCUCUGGCUCGGGACCUCGAGAUUUGCAAUAUCGGGUCUUGGCCACGAAUGCCUUCAAUUCAGCACGGAAAAGAAUGUCCGUGGUGGUACAGAAAGGCAGCGAGCACCUUCUGCUAGUGAAGGGUGCCGACAAUGUCAUGCUGGAGCGGGCUAGCAGUCCACAGCGGCCGCUGGAAGCAGACCUGACCGAGUUCUCGGAACAAGGCCUCAGAACGCUCGUCCUGGGCUCGCGGAGCCUGCAGAUGACCGAGGUCUCCUCGUGGCUUGCACGCUAUGAAGAGGCCCAGCGGGCAACGACUGACCGGGACAAGAAGUUGGAGCAAGUGGCCGAAGAAAUCGAGAAGAAUCUUACCAUUCUCGGCGCGACGGCCAUUGAAGACAAGCUCCAGGAUGGGGUACCCGAGACCAUCGAGAACAUCCGCAAAGCGGGGAUCAAGCUCUGGGUCCUCACCGGCGACAAGCUAGAAACCGCACGGAACAUAGGCUUCAGCACAAGGGUGCUGACUUCUCAAAUGGACAUCAACAUACUGGAUAUGUCUGACCGCGACGACAUCGGAUUUCAGCUCGAACAGCUGGAAAAACGCUGGGGUGCUACCGAGGAAUCCAGCGACGAGGAGGAGGAGCCCUUCUGGCUGAAGACCACCUGGAGUUAUUCCUAUGAGGCCACAGCCACAAAGGAAACGGCCGACGUCUCCAAGCGAGGGUUGAUGGUCACGGGGAAGGCCAUGACGGAGAUCUGGGAUCGUGAUCUCAAGGACACGUUCAAGCGGGUCUCCACAAGCUGUGCUGUGCUGAUUGCUUGCCGGGUAAGCCCCUCGCAGAAGGCGGAGCUCGUGCAGUUCAUCCGCGAUGAGGUAAAGCCCACGCCGGUAACGCUAGCCAUUGGAGACGGCGCCAACGACGUGCCGAUGAUCCAGACGGCGCAGGUUGGCAUUGGCAUUGCCGGCAAAGAAGGCCGACAGGCAGUGAAUAACUCCGACUUUGCGAUUGCUCAGUUCAGAUAUCUGGAAAGGUUGGUGCUGCUGCAUGGCCGCUGGAACUAUCGGCGGGCCUGCAUGUUCACUCUUUUUACGUUCUGGCGGAAUAUGGUCCAAGUGCUUAUGAUAGUGUGCUACACCUUUAUCUCUGGAUUCUCUGGCACCAGUAUCUACGAAGACUGGAUUCGGCUAACGUUCAAUGCCUUGUGCACCAUUCCGAUUCUGCCUCCGGGUUGCCAUGACAAGGAUCUGCCCGAGAAGGAGGUGCUGAAACGGCCACACCUCUACCAAGUGGGCCCGCAGUCGGGGGAUUUGAAUCUUUCUAAGACCGCUUUGACGCUCCUUGUGGCGCUUUUGCACGCCCUCGUGUUGCUCCUGGUCACGGUGUUUGCCUUCCCCGGCCUGGAAGCUAUCGGAGCAGGUGACUACUACACCUUUGGCACCAUAUGUUACACGUGCCUGAUCAUCGAUGUCAAUUAUCGCGCCACGUUUUUGACGUAUAAUUGCAACGUCCGAUGGACAACAUUCUUGACCGCGAUGUUCUCCUUCGUCUUGUACGUGGUGUGGCUUCUUUUCUACCCGUCCUGGAAGUUUGUUACCGAGUUGCUCACACCGAACAUGUAUAUGGUGCCGGAGCACAUGGUGAAAGGAAACGCUUAUUUUUUCAUCAUGAUUUUCGUUAUCCCGCUGACCGUCCUGGUUUAUGACAUGUUCUUCCACUGGUUCUUCCAUCGCUGCAUGAAGCCUGACCACGCUGACAAAGUGAUGCGUGAUCUGGAGGAUGAUCGCAGCCGUAACGGCGAAACAUGCUUCGCCACUCUGACAGAUGACGAGGACGCGUCAGAAAGUGAGUCGCAGAAGCUGGUCAUGUUCACAGACUGCGACAACGAGUCUCUGGAUGUUGAGGGAAGUCGCUGCUGCGGCUCCGUGUGCAAACGGAUUCUUCGGAUGCCUUACCACCAGAAGGUCAGCAUUGGUGGAUUUCUCGGCGGGCUGAUCCUGCUGCUGUUCGGGGGGCUAUGCCACUGGAAGUCGGAAGGCUACGCGCAGCUCCGAAUAAAUUACUCGGAGUGGGAGGACUCCAACCUGGAGGAAGCAAGCUUCCUUGAGCGCUUCUUCCUGAACUAUCCCGUGGGCACCAGAAAUGACGAGGUGUUCUCCAUGAAGCUCGAGGACUGCAAGAACGUCACAGAGAAUGGGAUAUGGGUCAAGAACUGCACGAAAACGUUUCAAAGCAAUUAUUUGCUACGGAAGCCGAUGCUGUUCUACUCUGUAGGGCCCAUGUACCAGAACUACAACCACUACAUGAAGUCGGAAGUGAUACAGGAGCUCUACGGCAAGUGGGACGAAGACAAGGAGCAGUCUGGACUUCAAAGUCUUCGCGAGGCCAAGUGCCCCUACCGCACGCGCGAGUUCGUGAAAAGCCCAGGGGCGGAGCCUUUGCAGCUGGUGCCAUGUGGGCUGAAGGCAAUGAGCUUCUUCAACGACUCCUUCUAUGUCCAUAACUACGACAUCGAUCCCAAAGGCAUUGCUUGGAGAUCGGACGUUGGACGCUACAGCAAUCCGAGAUUCAACGAUGCUCCGUGGGACCCCGAAAAGGCAGAGCAACACGACAACAAGAUCCAAUGGCUCUUCCAAACUUUUCCUGGCGUGAUCAACGACGAGGAGAACGUCAAAGACGAGAACUUCGUGAACUGGAUGAGACCAUCUGCACUUCCUCGGGUCUGGAACAAAGUGGGUUUCAUCCACGAGGAUUUGCCCAAGGGCCAGAACAUCACCGUGACCAUCACAUCGCGCUGGGACACGAAGACCAUUCCGGGAGGUUAUAAGUCCUUGGUCAUCACAGAGUAUGGAAGGUUCGGCACCCGCCACGAUGGGUUUGCUCGCGUUCUGCUGUGCUGUGGCUGCGUCAGCUGGUUAAUGGCAUUGGCGGUUUGGCUGUUGAAGGUGUUCUGGAUCGACGACAAGACGCCGCGAGACGGCGAAAUGUCUGAAUGA